AUGGCAAAGAAGUGGCAGAGAAUGGCUGCCCUGGCGAGGAAGCGGCUCACGACGACACCGGGGAAAGAAGCUGAUGGUUCGUGCGGCGCAUCGACGUCGGUAGCCGUCAAGGGCCACUGCGUCGUGUAUUCCUCCGACGGGAGGCGGUUCGAGGUCCCGCUGGCGUACCUUGGCACAGCGGUGUUCAGCGAGCUCCUGAGCAUGUCGCAGGAGGAGUUUGGGCUUGCCGGCGACGAUGGCAGGAUCACGUUGCCCUGUGACGCUGCGGUGAUGGAGUACGUGAUGUGUUUGCUUAGGCGAGAUGCCUCUGAAGAGGUUGUGAGGGCGUUCUUGAGCUCCAUUGUCAGACCUUGCCACCACAGCGUCAGUGGUAUGGUGCCAUCGAUGUGCCAAUCAGCUAUCUGUGUAUAG